AUGCGCUCAUCGGCCCGUUAGCGGUGCUUUGCGUACUCGAUGUGAGAUUUCGAGGCAACGCCGCUUCUCUUUCUUAACGACCUUUGCGAUCUUUUAGAAAAUCCUAUCGUCCCGCAUCACUCCACCACGAUCCACGUCGUGUCACCUUCGGGGUAUCCUCGGAUUUGUCGGCGAAUGGGAAACCUGUGGAGAGCAGGGUGCCACCAUAUUGGUAACUUGUGACUUUUCGGAGGAAACGGAUUAAAAGUAACGCGACUUUUAUUUUCUCUGCGUGACAAUGAUGCCUUGGAUUAGUUUUUAUUGAGUCCGUUUUCUGAUCGUGCAAACAUCCCACACUCUUUCCGAGAUUUUUUGGUCUUUCGAUACGUUGACUCCUUCUUGGAAACAUGAGUUUCUUCGGGUUUGGCCAAUCUGCUGACAUACAAAUUACUUUAGACGACGAAGAAAAUAGGAAAAAGGCAGAUAUCAAGUCUGAGGUUGGGAAGAAGGAACGAUACUUGUUGUAUUACGAUGGGGAAACUGUGUCUGGAAAGAUUCAUAUUAGUUUGAGGAAGGCAGGAAAACUGGAGCAUCAGGGUGUCAAAGUUGAAUUCAUUGGACAAAUUGAGCUUUACUAUGACAAAAGCAAUCAUUAUGAUUUUACCAGUUUAGUAAAAGAACUAGCCAGGCCAGGUGAGCUGACGCACAAUACCGUCUAUCCAUUUGAAUUCGCUAAUGUGGAAAAGCCAUUUGAGAGUUAUACCGGAUCAAACGUCCGGCUGAGAUAUUUUCUCAGAGUAACCAUCGUUCGACGACUCAGUGAUAUAGUAAAGGAGCUUGAACUCGUUGUACAUACUCUUAGUUCCUAUCCAGACAUGAAUAAUCCCAUAAAAAUGGAAGUUGGUAUCGAAGACUGCUUGCAUAUCGAAUUUGAGUAUAAUAAAAGCAAGUACCACUUAAAGGAUGUUAUAGUGGGUAAAAUUUACUUUCUACUUGUCAGAAUAAAGAUCAAACACAUGGAAAUAGCCAUUAUCAAGAGAGAGAUAACUGGUUCUGGACCGCACACUUUUACAGAAAACGCGACUAUUGCAAAGUAUGAAAUAAUGGAUGGUGCACCGGUGAGAGGAGAAUCCAUCCCAAUCAGAGUGUUUUUAGCAGGUUAUGAUCUGGCGCCGACAAUGCGCGAUAUUAACAAGAAAUUUAGUGUCAAGUACUACCUAAAUUUAGUUCUCAUGGAUGAAGAGGAUCGGCGUUAUUUCAAACAACAGGAAAUCACGCUUUGGAGGAAAGGAGAAAAGAGUAGGAAGUCGCAGACCGCCUCGCCACACAUGCCUUCUCAUCUGGUCUCGGCAGAAACGGGGUUUCCUCAGGGCGCAGCUCAGAACGGGCCUCCUUCGGUAGUUUCCAGUACCGGAGAGUCGCAGUCGACGGUCCCAGGUGCGGAAGACCAGCCCGCACCAAUAGAGGGUAUGACCCGCGAAGAAGGUGACGGUGCCGGAGAACAGGAAGCUAGUCCAGAGAGUAACUGAGCCAUGGAACGUCUGCCGAGUUGGCCCCAGAAGUUGGUUUCAAUCCAAAGAUCGCUGGAAGAGUCGAGCCAAGUCAAAGGAGAUGCACGGAGAGCGAAUCGUCACGGAAAGGACUCGCUGCAACGUCCCUUGGUUAAAAAUGGAGCUGCCCGGUUUGUGGAAUGAAAAAAAAAAAUUGUAAAUAUUCGUAUCGUAAGGUGGGUCGAAGAUGGAGAGAGCUGGACUACGAGCAAGAGGGAUCGCCUUAAUUCGUUCGGAUGGUCUUGGAAGAUAUUUAUUAUCGCUACCGCAAUCAAUAGACGCACGUGAAAGGAUGCGUUUCCUUCGUACCGAAAAAGGUGUGCCCCUGAUCGCUGGGAGAACACGGCGUGUCGUUGAAAGAGUUGGCAGGAAUUUAUCGAGCGCUUACGUUGUACCGCACCCCACCACGGUGUACAUUUACUAAGCCACAUAGCUGAUUAUGCCUUCUUAUACUAGGAUUAAGAUUUGCAGGCACAGCAGGGCAAAGAUUUAUAUAAAUGGGAACGCGAAGCUUCGUAGUUUUAGUUCAUCGGUUCCUCGAUCUGUAUAACGAAAGCGUCACGCGAAUACAAAGCAUACUACCGUUUAGCCUAAGUUAUAUCGAUGGAACCAUCCUUUCAUGUACGUCUGAAUAGGUUGUCGAUACAUCCUUGCGCAUUCUAUUUGCAAGGAAUGCAUCAAGAACGUGAACGAGGUGCAGCGAGAAUUAUCUAGUGCAACAAACUUGGUGAUCGAGUAUCGAACGAUUUUUCAGGGGGCUUGCGGAACGUUUUUUAUGCUCACUUUGAUUAUACCUUCUUUUCUUUAUACAUACAUACAUACAUAUAUGAGAUCACCAGUCCGGUGCCCUCUGAAAAAAUGUAUACGUGAAAAUCCGAACGGUCUCUCUCUAAUGGACUCGCGUCGAAUUAGAGUGUUUCAUAA